AUGGACAGCGAGUACCGGAUAAUACUGAAUGUCGGAGGCGUUCGGCAUGAAACGUAUAAACAUACCCUAAAGAAGAUCCCUGCUACUAGGUUAUCCCGAUUAACCACCAGCCUGGCCAACUACGACCCCGUCCUAAAUGAAUAUUUUUUUGAUCGACAUCCCGGGGUGUUUGCACAAGUAUUGAAUUAUUAUAGAACGGGUAAACUUCACUAUCCACUUGAUGUAUGCGGGCCAUUAUUUGAGGAAGAAUUAAAGUAUUGGGGUCUGGAUUCGAGUGAUUGCGAGCCGUGCUGUUGGAUGACAUUAUCAGCGACGCGAGAUACACAGGAAGUCCUAUCAACGCUAGACAAAUUAGAUAUUGACACCUCCGACAAGAUCGAUGGACCGGAACUCUACAAGCGCUUCGGCUGGGAGGACGACUACCACAACAACAGCCUCAGCAAGUGGCAGGUCCUGAAGCCGAAAAUCUGGAGGCUUUUUGACGAGCCCUCGUCUAGCACGGCAGCGAAGAUAAUCGCCUUCAUCUCCGUUGUUGUGUUAAUAACAGCAAUCACGGUUUUCUGUCUGAAAACACAGCCCGGAUUCCGGAUCCCCGAUAUCGAGGCGGUUCCCCUGAAUCG